AUGGCGCCACAGGAGGUGCCGGACUCCGUUGCGCUGGACACCAUCGAGGCUCUGGACUCCGUCGAUGAGGUGCCAGACUCCAUCGAGGUGGUGCAGUGUCCUCGCUGCGGCACGUUCCACGUUGGCGGCGUCUUCGGCGAAGCCUGCUUCCAAGCUUGCCGCGAAGCUCGCAGGUGUGCCCGUUGUGGCCUUUUACAUGAAGACUACGAUAUGCCAGCAAGGUGGUUGCAUAAGAUGGAAAAGUUUAAUUACGAGGUCUACAUUCCCGAUGUGGACAAACUUCAAAUGAAUGGUAACACAAUACUUCUUCCUGAGCACGUUGUCAAGAAGUUGGAGGAGAACUUCAAUACAAAGAAGUUGGAAGAAGCAAAGAUGAAGCAACAGUGCCAUGCAAGAGUGGACGACGGCAUACAAGAUCACUAA